AUGGCACUGAGAACAGACGUGGUUCUCCAGCUGCUGGUGGUGGUGAUGAGGGGUAUGGCUGCUCCAGCCCCAAUCUGCUCUCUGCUGGGCCAACCCGCUCUGCCUCUCCUGUCUGCCGAGGGGGACAUCAACAUUGGGGCAGUGUUUGCUCUACAUAGGAAUGCCCUCUUCAAGGUCCAUUCGUUCACCUCCAGACCAGAGAAAACACCCUGUAUCAGUUUCAACCCACGUGAGUUCCAGUUUGCACAGACCCUGAUCUUUGCCCUGGAGGAGAUCAACAACAGCAGUGAUCUGCUCCCAGGACUGUCUCUGGGUUACCAGGUCUAUGACUCCUGCAGCUCUGCCCCCCUUGCCAUCCACUCAGCCCUGGCCCUGAUGAACAGCCCUGGGCCUGAGGACAGCCUGGGAGACCCCUCCUCCUGCUCCAGAUCUCCCGCCGUGUUGGGCAUUGUAGCGGAGUCAAGCUCCACAUCCACCAUCGGAAUAUCAUCCCUGGUCGGUCCAUUCAGCAUCCCUGUGAUCAGCCACUUUGCCACCUGUGCGUGUCUGAGUAACAGAAAAAAGUUCCCCUCCUUCUUCAGAACCAUCCCCAGUGACUUCUACCAGAGCAGAGCCCUGGCAAAGCUGGUCAAACACUUUGGAUGGAACUGGGUGGGAGUGGUGAACAGCAACAAUGACUAUGGAAACAACGGCAUGGCCACAUUCAUGGAGGCAGCGUGGCAUGAAGGGGUCUGUGUAGAGUACCAAGAGGCCAUCCACCGCACAGACCCCCGAGAGAAGCUCCUGGAAACCGUCAGGGUGAUCAGGAAGGCCACAGCCAGGGUGGUGGUGCUGUUCCUGGGCUUGGGGGACCUCCUCCCCCUGCUGAAUGAGUUGGCUCUGGAGGGAGACCCAGGGCUGCAGUGGGUGGGCAGCGAGGCCUGGAUCACAGCCAGAGUGCUGACGGAGAACAAGGCCUACGGCUUCCUGAGUGGGGCGGUGGGCUUUGCAAUCAGGAAUGCCAGGCUGGAUGGUCUGGAGGUGUUCCUAGAGAAGGUGCACCCCUCUCAGGCGCCAGAUAACACCCUUCUCAGGGAGUUCUGGGAGUCUGUGUUCCAGUGCUCCUUCAAGAGGGGCAGCAGCACGCUGUGCACAGGAACAGAGAGCUUAGCAAAGCUGAAGAACCAAUACACGGACGUGUCAGAGCUGAGAAUAUCCAAUAAAGUGUACACAGCUGUAUAUGCCAUUGCACACGCUCUACACAACCUACUGACAGACUUAAAGAAUGACACAGACAGCGGCAACAGACCAGUCUACACACCACAGCAGGUGCUACAGUACCUGAAGGAGGUGAGGUUUAGAGUAAAGACAGGAGAGGAGAUCUGGUUCGAUGCUAACGGAGAUGUGGUGGCGUGCUACGACCUAGUGAACUGGCAGCAGGAGGAGAAUGGGACCCUGCAGUUCCAUGCUGUGGGGCUGUAUGAUUCCUCGAUGCCCCCUGAACAGCGCAUUACCUUCAACAAGGGAAAACUGGUCUGGGCAGGGGGCCAGGCAGAGGCACCUGCAGCAGUGUGCAGUGAGAGCUGUCCCACAGGCACUCGUAAGGCUGUACAGAAAGGAAAGCCUGUAUGCUGUUAUGACUGUGUACCAUGUGCGGAGGGAGAGAUCAGUAACAUCACAGAUUCUAACGGCUGCUAUCGAUGUGACUUGGAGUAUUGGUCAAAUGAAAAAAGAGACCACUGUGUGUUGAAACCAGUUGAAUUCCUCUCCUAUGAAGAAAUGAUGGGCAUAGUUCUGGUGUUUUUCUCCUUACUGGGGUCCGGUGUUACUACUCUGGUAGCUGUUGUGUUUUCAAUUCAUAAGGACACCCCCAUCGUCAGGGCCAACAACUCUGAGCUGAGCUUCCUGCUGCUCUUCUCCUUGACUCUGUGCUUUCUGUGUUCUCUUACUUUCAUUGGCCGGCCCUCUGAGUGGUCCUGUAUGCUGCGUCACACAGCGUUUGGCAUCACCUUCGUCCUCUGCAUCUCUUGUAUUCUGGGGAAAACAAUAGUGGUGUUGAUGGCCUUCAGGGCUACACUUCCAGCCAGUAAUAUCAUGAAAUGGUUUGGUCCUCCACAGCAGAGACUCAGUGUUCUGGCUUUCACUCUCAUACAGGUUCUGAUCUGUGUUCUUUGGUUAACAGUCUCCCCUCCUUUCCCCUACAAGAACAUGAAGACCUAUAAGGAAAAGGUCAUUCUAGAGUGUGAUGUGGGUUCAGCUAUUGGUUUCUGGGCUGUGUUGGGGUACAUAGGACUCCUGGCUCUCUUGUGCUUUGUGCUGGCUUUUCUGGCUCGAAAGCUGCCUGAUAACUUCAAUGAGGCCAAAUUCAUCACCUUCAGCAUGCUCAUAUUCUGUGCAGUCUGGAUCACCUUUAUCCCAGCUUAUGUCAGCUCUCCUGGGAAGUUCACUGUAGCUGUGGAGAUCUUUGCUAUUCUGGCCUCCAGUUUUGGUUUACUUGUCUGCAUAUUUGCUCCUAAAUGUUUCAUUAUAUUGCUGAGGCCAGAGCAAAACACCAAGAAACAUAUGAUGGGGAAGACAUCCAAUGACAAACGAUAUUAAAGAAACAUAUUUUGGGAAAGGAGUCAACCAAAGCCCUUCAGGAUGAUUACUGACCAUUGACCUAUUCAAAGUCUUUCUAUAAUAAACACAGACACAUCAUUUCAAAGUCAGUCAUGGG